AUGCAUGAAUAAGAUAUCACUAUGGACAAAUGUUUAUAUCUAUUGAGAUUUAGAUAAAGAAUUGUUUGUGACACGAGUGUUUGUAAGUGUCACACGUUCUGGAAGAGGAGAGACAAAGUGGAGUAAAUGAUCAAACAGCACUUCAUCUUAUCUUGUAAAGACGAUUGUUUGGAAUACGUAUCGUUCGUCUAGGUCAAGCCCACCGAAUGGAGUUGCACGAAACAAGCAAAGACGAAGACAGUAAACCUUUGGAAAAAUCUUGUACACAUAGCAAUGCAAGCAGUGAAAUAUUUGAACGAGAAAAAUGGAGCAAAAAAGUAGAGUUCUUCUUAUCGGCUAUUGGUUACGCUGUUGGUCUUGGCAAUAUAUGGCGUUUUCCAUAUCUGGCUUUCAAACAUGGAGGGGGAGCAUUUCUUAUUCCAUAUAUUUUGAUGUUGAUCAUUUGUGGUAUGCCACUAUUCUUUAUGGAGCUUGCCCUGGGGCAAUACGUCAGUCUUGGACCCAUUAGUUCUUGGGCUGCCAUCCUACCGAUUGCAAAAGGAAUUGGUUAUUCUAUGAUGCUUGUCUCGUUUCUAUGCACAAUUUACUACAACGUCAUCAUAGCUUGGUGUCUGUAUUAUCUUUCCCAGUCCCUGCGCAAAGAAGUUCCAUGGAAAAAUUGUCAUAACUGGUGGAACACAGAAAAAUGCUUAGACACUGGAAAAGUGGAGUAUGAUCAAUAUAAUCUUCAAAUAGUAAAGCCUAACGUAACAUCAUUGAAUAUUAGUUUAACCCUUCACAAUUCUUCUGAUUGUAUAAAUGGUACAAUCAACCAUGCUUUGAAUGAGACGACGUCUAUUAUCCUGAACUGCUCUGUCACAAAGAAAUUGUUCAACUCACCAAGCAGUGAAUUUUGGAAUAAUAAUGUUCUACGAUUAACAGAUAGCAUCGAAGAAGUUGGUCAACUUCGGUGGCAACUAGUCAUAUGCUUGAUUAUUGCAUGGAUCAUGGUCUACUUCUGUCUUUGGAAGGGGAUCAAGUCAUCGGGAAAAGUAGUGUAUUUCACAGCAACCUUCCCAUAUCUUGUACUUAUCAUCUUAUUUUUCCGUGGGGUCACUUUAUCUGGAGCGUCUAAGGGCAUUCUUUACUACAUAAAACCAGAUUUUACCAAGCUCGGCAAAGCUGAUGUAUGGGUCGCGGCAGCAACACAGAUAUUUUAUUCGCUUGGUAUCGGAUUUGGAUCUUUAGUAACCUAUGGAAGCUUCAACCAGUACAAUAAUGACUGCGUCAGAGAUGCUGUUAUCGUGUCGAUCGUUAAUUGUGGCACCAGCAUCUUCGCAGGCUUUGUAAUAUUUAGUGUGUUGGGUCACAUGGCACAUAUCCUUGGCAAAAAUGUGUCAGAUGUUGCGAAGUCUGGACCUGGACUGGCGUUUGUUGUGUAUCCCGAAGCAAUAGCACAGAUGCCAGUAUCACCUUUAUGGUCAAUACUCUUUUUCUUUAUGUUGUUGACCCUCGGCUUGGACACACAAUUUGCAAUGAUGGAAGCUGUAGUGACUGGUCUAGUUGAUGAAUAUGGUAAGAAACUGCGUCGGAGAAAGGAGUUGGUCAUUCUUGUUCUUUGUGCAAUUGCUUUCUUAUUUGGUCUAACAAACAUCACCGAGGGUGGUAUGUAUGUUUUUAAUCUGUUCAACUAUCAGUCUGGAGGAAUCUCUUUACUUUUCCUAGCCUUCUUUGAAGUAAUUACAGUAUCUUGGGGCUAUGGUGCCGAUCGUUUCGUUGGUAAUAUCGAGAAGAUGGUUGGUAGAAAAAUACUACCAUGGUGGGCAUUUGCAUGGAAGUACUUGUCCCCUGCAGUCAUAUUAGGAGUAUUCAUAUUCAGUUUCUAUUCUUGGAAAGGUGUUCAAUACGGGACAUAUCAAUAUCCAUCAAUAGCAGAGUUCUUUGGCUGGUUACUGGCCCUUGCGUCCAUGCUUUGGAUUCCUGGAUUUGCGAUUUAUGUACUUGUAAAGGCUUCUGGCUCAAAUAUUCGCGAGAAAAUACGUUCAGCCUUCACCCCAGAUGAACGAAUUGCUGAUGAAAUUGAAAUUCGUGAAGGGUAUACCAACAAGGAAGAUGCUGCAAUUAUAAUGUGAAUUACUAUUUCAGACUGAGCUGCCGAGAUAAAACUUCUGAUCUGUCGGGGCAAAUUUCCCCCCGAGAGUUCUGUCACGUUAUGAUUUAAGCAUUUGCAACUGCAUGGAAUAUGUACAACAUGUCUUGAAAGUCGAAAUAACUAUGAUUGUCUUAAUUUUACUGUUAUAAAUGAUCAUCAAAGUUUUGUUUAUGAUCAUGAAAAUGAAAAGCUCAAGACUGUGGUUCAGAUGAUAUGUUAUUUAGCAAUAAACCUUUAAUAAUCAUAUAACUUUGAGAAUUGUGGUGUUUCUGGUAGACUCUUUUUAAAUUUGAAAUAAACAUGCUAAGAAAUUUUGUCAA